AGCUGCUCGAUAAGCUAGUUCGUGUUUAACAUUAACCGCUACGCCGACAAUCUAUAUAAACGCCCAGCCAGCGGAGUCGAGAUUCUGUCAAGUACAUUGCGCUGUCGUCGCCUUUGAAGUUACGUAAAGUUCUGGAGAUGAUGUACCGCCAUCUUCAAUUUCUUCCUGUGGUUCUGUGCCUGCUACUGCUGGCAACCUUCCUGAUAACCUAUGCAAUUGCUGCAGGGACAGGUCACGUAGAUCCAGGAUUUCCGUACAUCUCUUACAGCGGUAAUGUGCCACCUGAAAGCUGCAUCUUUGGCCAGCUCCUAAAUAUCUCUGCUUGCUUAGAACUUCUAUGUGUCUAUAUUAGAUAUAGACAGGUGACAGAGACUGAGGCAGAUAAAGAUGAGCUGAACUUUGUUUCAGCAAUAAUUGGUAGUCUUGCAUGUCUGGGACUAGACUUAGUGGCCAAUUUCCAGGAAAGAAGUGUAUUUGUUGUGCACUUGGUUGGUGCUGGUGUUUGUUUUUUUGGUGGAACAGUUUACUUUGUGAUGCAGACAAUAAUAACACGACGCAUGAAACAACAGAAACUAUUUUAUGUGCGUCUUUUAUUGUCAUUAAUAUGCUGUUGCUGCUGCUUCUCCACAGUAAUACCAGGGGGCAUUGCCAUGUUUAUAUUUGAUGGAGAAGAUCCAAUGAAAUGGAAACCCACUGAUCGUGGAUAUGUAACGCACCUAGUAAGUGCUAUAUCUGAAUGGGUUGUUUCUGUCAGCUUCUGCCUGUUUAUUCUCACUUUUUAUAGUGAGUUUAAGGAAAUCUCUAUCGAAUCACCAGUAUUCAGGAAAAGCCCACCUGAUGCCAGUACAACUGAUAUUCAAUUAUAAUCAAAUUUUGGGUGAGUUCUUUGAUAUUAAAAGGCCCACCAGAUGACAGCACAGCUGAUAUUCAGUUAUAAAAUUUUGGAUCAGUUGUGUGACAUGGAACAGUUAAUACUCAAAUCCACUGAAGCAAGUACGUGGUUCAGUCUCAGACUUACAAAAUGUAAGGUUCA